GUACCAAGGCUAGACACAAUUUCCAUCGAGCGACUCAGCGAGGGCGCGGUGCUGUUCUUGUACAAUCAACCUAAGAUCGCCAAUGCUUUUACCCUACGGCAAUGGGUUGAUAUGCGGGUCGCGCUAGAGUGGGCCAGGGACGAACCUGAGAUCAAGGUCAUCGUGCAGUACGUUCUCACACGCAGUAAGGCGUGGUAUACUAUAUAUGCUGACAUGUUCUUGCCCAGGGGUGGAAAAGGGAAGCACUAUUCUGCAGGCACGCUCAUCGGUUACCCGAAAAUCCUCGUCGCCGCCGUCCAUGGGGCUAGUAUCGGUUGGGGCUGUACGCAGCUCUUUAAUUUUGACUUGGUCUAUGCGCAUCCUUCCGCAUUCUUCCAGACCCCGUUCGUAUCACUCGGAAUUGUUCCCGAAGGUGCAUCAUCCUAUUCGUUCCCGAAAGUGAUGGGCCGACAGCAUGCGAACCGGCUGCUAGUUGAAGGUGACCGCAUACCGGCGCAAGAUAUGUAUGUGUCAGGUCUAGUGACCAAGGUUAUUGAGUCGGGAAGUGUGGAAGAAUUCCACAAAGCUGUUUGUGCGAAGGCAAAGAAGAUUGCCGAGAACUCGGCGGAGAGCUUGAGGUUGACAAAGAAACUUGUC